ACUAACAAUGGCUUCAACGUUGAAUGUAGGACUGUUCUUCUCCGUCUUCUUCAUCUUCUUUCUAUCCCCAAUCAACUCUAAGCCCCACCCACUAGACUCCCUCACUCCAUCCGAGCUACUCAAGGUUCGAGCCAUCGUGAACCAUUCCUACCUUAGCUCGAACAACAAGUUAACCUUCCAGUAUGUAGGCUUAGAGGAGCCAGAGAAACCAGCUGUAAAAUCAUGGCUAUCAAAACCCACCACCAACCCCCCACCGCGCCAGGCUUUGGUCGUCAUCAGGCUCAACCAACAAACUCGUGAACUUAUAGUAGAUUUGUCAAAACGUUCCAUCAUUUCUGAGAAAGUCUACAAUGGAUUUGGCUACCCUUUACUCACUAUUGAGGAACAAGAAGCUGCAGCCGACUUAGCACUCAAACAUGAACCAUUUUUAGCCUCAAUUAGAAAAAGAGGGCUUAAUGUAUCUGAAGUUGUUUGCUCUACUCAAACAAUUGGUUGGUAUGGAGAAGAGAAGACUAAAAGAGAGCUGAAAGUCUCAUGUUACUAUUUGAAUGGGACAGUUAAUAUGUAUUUGAGACCAAUAGAAGGGAUAUCGAUGUCUGUCAAUCUUGAAGAAAUGAAGAUAUCUGAAUACAUCGACAGAGCUGUGGCUCCUUUGCCGAAAGCAGAGGGAACCGAGUAUCGAGCAUCCAAGCUAACAUCACCGUUCGGUCCAAGUUUCAACGCUGCUCCGCCCACACCACCGGGCCAAACAGGGUUCAAAAUUGAUGGAAAUACUGUCAGCUGGGCAAACUGGAAGUUCCACAUAGGAUUUGAUGCUCGAGUUGGUCCAGUAAUCUCUCUAGCUUCCAUCUACGAUGCUGAAAUGAAAAAAUACCGUCAAGUGAUGUAUAGAUCAUUCAUCUCCGAGCUCUUCGUUCCGUACCAGGCUCCAACCGAGGAAUGGUACCACGUAACAUUUUUCGACUGUGGCGAAUUCGGGUUCGGUUUCUAUGCCGUUUCAUUGGAACCCCUCAACGAUUGUCCAUCCAAUGCUGUUUUCAUCGAUGGUUACUAUGCAGGCCAAGAUGGCAAACCUGUCAAAGUGUCAAAUGUAAUCUGCAUAUUUGAAAGACAUCCUGGGGAUGUAAUGUGGCGACAUACUGAGUCAGAGCUACGAGAUCAAGAGAUCAGAGAGGUGAGACCCGAGAUUGGCCUUGUGGUGAGAAUGGUUGCAACUGUGGGCAACUAUGAUUAUAUCCUUGAUUGGGAAUUCAAGCCAAGUGGAUCCAUCAAAUUUGAGGUUGGGCUAACAGGAGUGGUAGAAGUGAUGGCUGUGCCAUACACCCACAUUGAUCAAAUAAAAGAGGAAGUCUAUGGUACAUUAAUAGCAGACAAUACCAUUGCUAUACACCACGAUCAUUUCCUUACAUACCAUCUUGAUCUUGAUAUUGAUGGUGAUUCCAAUUCCCUUGUCAAGACUAAUUUGGUCACCAAACGAGUCACAGACAAGAACAUACCAAGAAAAAGUUAUUGGACAGUUGAACAUGAAAUAGCUAAGACAGAAGCAGAUGCAAGGAUUAAACUUGGGUUGAAUCCAGCAGAGCUCGUAGUGGUGAACCCAAACAAGAGAACUAAACCUGGAAACAAGGUUGGGUAUCGUUUGCUUCCAGGACCAGCCGUAGGGCCACUCCUAGCGGCAGAUGACUACCCACAAAUCCGAGCUGCCUUCACAAAUUAUAAUGUGUGGGUAACUCCAUAUAACAAGUCUGAGAAAUGGGCUGGCGGGCGAUAUGUUGAUCAGAGUCGAGGAGAUGAUACUUUAGCAGUGUGGACCAACAGGAAUAGGAGAAUUGAGAACAGGGAUAUAGUGUUAUGGUACACGUUGGGGUUUCACCAUGUCCCUUGCCAGGAAGAUUUUCCAGUGAUGCCAACUUUGAGUGGUGGAUUUGAGCUCAAACCAACUAAUUUCUUUGAGUAUAGUCCUGUGCUGAAAACCAAACCUCCUCACCAUUUAAGCUGGCCUAAUUGCACCGCAUGAUCUGGGGCUGUCCUUUAAAACCAUGGCUACUUCAUUGGGAAUAUAAUGCCCAUCCUAUUUUCAGUAAUAAAAUAGA